CUACAGACGCGCGGUGAGAGAGAGGGAGCUCAGGAGUCGAGUCGAGUCGCGCCCAGCGGAGAACGAUUCGAGCCGGGCCAGUGUGCGCGUGCGUGCGCGUGUGUGUGUGUGUGUGUCGGGGCAAUCAGAAGGGAGAGGGACGAGGACCGCGAUACCUUAUUGUGGACGUAGGGAAGGUUAACAACACAUACAUACGCACGAUGGACGCCGCCGAGUUCCGAGUGCGCGGCCAGGAGAUGGUGGAGUACAUCUGCAGCUACAUGGAGGGCGUCGGCAAGCGCCGCGUCACGUCCGACGUGGAGCCCGGCUACCUGCGGCCGCUGCUGCCCGCCGAGGCGCCGCAGCAGCCCGACUCCUGGGACCAGAUCUUCGCCGACGUCGAGUCGAAAAUCAUGCCCGGCAUCACCCACUGGCAGCACCCCCAAUUCCACGCCUACUUUCCGUCGGGAAACUCGUACCCCUCGAUUCUCGGCGACAUGCUCUCAGACGCCAUCGGCUGCAUCGGCUUCUCCUGGGCCGCCAGCCCCGCCUGCACGGAGCUCGAGACGAUCGUCACUGACUGGUUGGGCAAGUCGUUGGGGCUCCCGGACGACUUCCUGAGCAGCGGUUCCGGCGGCGGCGUCAUCCAGGGCUCGGCCAGCGAGUGCAUCCUGGUGUCCAUGCUGGCGGCCAGGGCUCACACCAUCCGCAGGCUGCGGCGGGCCGAGCGGCCGCCGGGGUCGCCGACGACCACCAUCGAGGCCUUGCUGGACGAGGGCGACGGCCUGCUCGACGACGAGCAGGUGGGCGAGGAGACGGCCACCGACAGCACCUACCUGCCGCGGCUGGUCGCCUACUGCUCCAAGGAGUCGCACUCGUGCGUCGAGAAGGCGGCCCGGAUCGCCCUGGUGAGGCUGCGCAUCCUGGAGCCCGACGAGCACAGCUCGCUGCGCGGCGCCACGCUGGCCAAGGCCAUGGACGACGACAUCCGCCGCGGCCUCGUGCCCUUCUUCGUGUCCACCACGCUCGGCACCACGUCGUGCUGCUCGUUCGACAACCUCGUCGAGAUCGGCCCCGUGGUGCGGCGCCACCAGGACGUCUGGCUGCACGUGGACGGCGCGUACGCCGGCAACGGCUUCAUCUGCCCCGAGCUGCGCGAGCACAUGAAGGGCAUCCAGUACGCCGACUCCUUCAACACCAACCCCAACAAGUGGCUGCUCACCUCCUUCGACUGCUCGUGCCUGUGGGUGCGCGACCGGCGCCGCCUCACGGCCGGCCUCAUCGUCGACCCGCUCUACCUGCAGCACUCCAACAUGGACGAGACCAUCGACUACCGACACUGGGGCAUCCCGCUGAGCCGGCGCUUUCGCGCGCUCAAGCUGUGGUUCGUGCUGCGGCGCUACGGCAUCCAGGGCCUGCAGAAGUACGUGCGCAACCACAUCAGGCUGGCCAAGAGCUUUGAGGCGCUGGUCCGCGACGACCAUCGCUUCGAGGUCUGCAAUGACGUCAAGCUGGGCCUGGUGUGCUUCCGGCUUCGCGGCACGGACCGCCUCAACCAGCAGCUGCUGGCCACCAUCAACGCCUCGGGCAAGCUGCACAUGAUCCCGUCCAUGGUGCGGGGCAAGUACGUGCUCCGCUUCUGUGUCGUGGCGGAGAGCGCAUGCGACGCCGACAUAGAGCACGCCUGGGAGGUCAUUUCGGAGCACGCCACGGACCUGCUGGACGAGGUGCCGCUCUCGCCGGUCAUCCGCAAGCCCGUCACGCCCACCGAGCUCAAGGAGAAGCUCUCCCUCAAGCGCACGCUUUCGCGCCGGCUCUCCUUCGUGCGCUCCGUGUCGCGCGUGCAGUACCAGCGCUCGCUCUCCCGGACCUCCCUGUACGACGGCGCCACCCCCAUCACCGUCCCGGAGGACGACCUCCACGACGACCUGGACGAGUUCGGCUCCAGCCCCGGCAGCGGGCUGGGCGGCGGCGCGCCGGCGGUCGGCAGCCCCCGGAGCCCGCUGACGCUGAGCGGGCUGAGCCACGGGCUGGGCGCGCUCAGCGGCCUGGGCGCCUCCUUCCAGUGCGGCACCCCGACCAUCACCGAGAGCGACGAGGACCCCUUCAGGCUGGCCCUGGAGCAGCAGCGGCAGCAGCAGGACGGCGCCGAGCAGGGGGAGCAGGAGGCGAUGCCGGCCGUGGUCAAGGCCAAGAAGGCCUUCAGCACGGGGCUGCUGGGCGGGAGGACCGCCGUGAAGAACGCGUAGCGUGUCGCCUGCCGGGCCACAAUGUGGCCAUACGUGGGGGGACCACGCCGCCCGGCGGACAAACCCACCUGGAGCCCAGUGUAAACCAGUGGCGUCAUCCGGUGACAGCGGGCUUCCCGAACACCGGAACCAACGACCGUUUCACGGGUGAUAGAGUUAAGUUCCAUUAUUUAUUUUUCUACACGUGUUCCAUGCGAUAUACAUAUUUGUGAUAUGAACGACGCAGAGCUGCGCUUUGUGUUUUAUUGUCGAUGAUAGAUAGGACCUUAGGAUGUUUUGCUUGUUUGCGUUGAUCGCGUCAAAAAACUAGUAUCUCUUCCUCUCUCAAGAAACAACGUGCACUCCAGCACGGGUUUAAUAAUAGCAAGUACAAAACAAAGAAGUCGAUGUAUUUAUUUUAUUGAUAUGUAUUAAAUUAGCUUUUCAUCCUUUCA